AUACCAAAUGGAGUCUAAUGGAGUCGAUUUAAUCACAAAUUAGUAAAAACUGGUGUGAUCGAUGAAAAUCAGCGUACGAAAUGGUAAUUUUCCAACAAAUUUACAUGCUGUUUCUGUUAAUAUAGUGUUAAAAGAAGUGCUUCAGACUCGAAAAGAGCGGCAAUUGCAAAUGUUUACAAUGUAGACAUGGGAGCCACCUCUACUUAUGCUGUUUGUCACUAGUGGCUAAAAUAUUAUACACAAUGGUUUUUUGUUAAAAACAAGUGCAGAAAUUGUAAUUCUGAAAUAAAAGAAGUACUGGAAAGUAAUUCCUCCCACCAGGAAUGUUGUCCCAAUGUUGUAAAUGAAUGGUGUAGCCAAGGGCAAUUUGGAAAUCUACUUAAACUUUUUAAUUUUUCAAAAUAUAAGGUUUGAGAAUACCAGCUGAGAAAACUAACACAAUGAAAAAGUCUGGAUACCUGUUUAUAACUUAAGUUGAAGUUCAACUAGGAAGCAUUAAAACUGCAGCAAAGAUUCAGUACCUUCAAUGUAUAUUUUGAUCAGUUAAACUAAAUCAUGUAGCUGUGCAGUCCAGUGUACUCCCUGCACUAUUUAAGUGCAAUGUCCUAUCGAGGUAAACGGCCUAACCGUUCUGAAGAUGGUGCUGUUCCUGCUAAACGUCGGAAGCGGCCGACGGCGGAAGAAGAAGAAGCGGCCUCCUUGGCGGCUGCUGCGGCGUGGCAGCCGCGGCCUUUUAAUGACUUGAAGGGCAUCUACAACCGAACGGUAACAGAAGUUCCUGCAGAACUGUUUCGUAAGGACUUAAUAAGUGCCAUGAAGUUGCCCGACUCAGAGCCGCUCGCGUCCGACGAGUAUUGGGUUAUAGUCGACCAAUGGAAGCAGGAAUGGGAACGGGGUGUCCAGGUUCCUGUCAAUCCUGAUUCGCUACCCGAACCAUCUGUAACAGUUACUCAAUGUGCAAGCACAACCAAGCAGCAUCAUGAAUUCAGAAUGCCUAAAAAUAAAUACAUCCGGAUUACAAAAGACGAAAACUUCAAAGUCGACGAGCAUGUGCUUUCUAAUGCACCCGCAAAAGCGGAAGCCGCCUGCUGUUACGAUUUGGAUGAAUGUGACGUGGCUUGGCUGAAGAUUCUUAAUAAUGAGCGAGCAGCAGCUGGAUUAAAUCGUAUCACCGAGGAACAACUGGAAAGGGUUAUUGAACGGCUUGAAACCUGCUGCUGGGAAAAAAUUCAGUCGAUUUUACGAAACGAAGAAGGUCUCGGAAUCGAAUAUGAUGAAAAUGUUAUCUGUGACGUCUGUCGUUCGCCUGACUCUGAAGACGGCAAUGAAAUGGUUUUUUGUGACAGCUGCAAUAUCUGCGUACAUCAAGCCUGUUACGGCAUUACGAGUAUCCCAGAAGGUCAGUGGUUGUGUGGCACAUGUGCGACUGGUUCGCGACCCGACUGUGUUCUUUGUCCGACGAAAGGAGGUGCCAUGAAAGCAACACGAUCGGGUCAAAAGUGGGCGCACGUUUCUUGCGCGCUUUGGAUACCAGAAGUCAGUAUUGGCUGUGUCGAAAAAAUGGAACCUAUUACUAAAAUAUCGAGCAUCCCGGCCAGUCGUUGGGCUUUGAUUUGCGUACUAUGUCGUGAACGCGUGGGUGCGUGCAUCCAGUGUUCAGUGAAAACGUGCAAAACUGCCUAUCACGUUACUUGCGCGUUCAAACACGGACUUGAAAUGCGUGCGAUUAUCGAGGACGAGAACGCGGACGACGGAGUUAAGUUGCGAUCGUACUGUGAAAAACAUAGUAAAACGACCAAAAAAGAAAAGUGUUUAGCAGCAACUGCAGGGACUUCCGACGACGACGAGAGUAAACGAAAAAAACGUAAAGAUAUGACAUCGGAAGAGAAAAAUCAGGCAAGAGCGGCACGACUUCACGAAAUCGAAGCAGAAUUCGACAAACACGUAACCAUAAAGGAUGUCGUUAUGCAAGUUGAUGUAGAUGUUGAGGCGCUGCAAUAUAUUUAUAACUACUGGAAGCUCAAACGAAAAGCGGAAUUCAACAAACCGCUCUUGCCGCCCAAAUCAGACGAUGUUGACAUGCUCUCGCACAAGCAAGAACAAGCGGACAUUGAAAAGAUGAAAAUGUUCGUGCAAUUACGUCAAGAUCUCGAGCGCGUGCGGAAUCUGUGCUAUAUGGUUAGCCGACGUGAAAAAUUAUCGAGGACGUUUUUCCGUAUGCGCGAACAAACGUUUCACAAACAAGCCGCUGUACUUUCCGCGGCGGGAAGCUCUUUAUCUUCUUCCAUCGAACAGGCCGUAGUCGAAGCCAAUCAUGGCCCAUCAAUAUACGAUCGCUUGUAUUCAUAUGAUGGUGCUGAAGAUCAUACUAAAGACUUUGAUCUCAUUCUUGCCCGAAUAUCCGGUCGGAAAUCGCCGUAUGAUUCAAGUGAUGAAAAGAAACGACCCGAAUUCAACGGUGUACUUAAAUCGACGAAAGACAAUCCGUAUAAGAAACUGUACUUUAACGGUUCGUCGAAACGGCGCAGUGUGAGUUUGUACGGGAGUAGUUCGGGUGCGAGUAGUGCUGAUGAGCGACCGAAAGAAAGCAAAAUUGAACUCGCUCGAACAAGUUCCGAGGACGAAAAACCAUCUCCUACGCCAACUCCUAAGCGGAAGGCCCGCGUCGCACGGAAACGAAGCGAAAAUAGUAAUAAGGUGAGAAGUAAGACUCUUAGUGUAACACACUCAUUGCGGCAAGACAGCAGUAGCGAAGAUGAUGAAGAUAAUCAUCCGCCUAAAAAAGAGUGGAACCGAUCUCGAUUGCACCAAAUGGAACGUGAACUUGGCCUUUCGGGAACCGACAGUGACGAAAUCAUCACCCCUGUUCGAUCUUCGACUACUAAAUUCGGAGAAUCUCAAAAGGCGAAAGCCAUUAGCUCUAUUUAUUCAGACAGCAAUAGUAGUGGUGCUAGUUCAGAUGUUUCGAUGAAAGACGACCGAUUGUGUGGUGCUACUAAUGAAGCUUUACAAAACAAACUACGUACAAAAGCUGCGAUGAAAGAAUUUUCACAAAAGGUUGCCAAAAAUUCUACGAAAGAUAACGUCCCUACAGACGGAAAGAAGAAAGCGAAUGUGGGGCGCGUAAAGAAAAAGGAACUGUCGCCUUCCGCUUUAGACAGAAAGAAAGACUAUGUUCCGUCUAGUAUGAUUGUGCCUCAGCGGCAAGCGGCUAAGAAAGCCUCCGAAAAUUUGAAAGCUACUACUGGAAAUAGUCGAGUAAAAGAACAGACAACGUCCACAGAACAAGGAAGUAAAACUCCUACAACUCCUGUAACCGUUGAGCCAGACAGGUUGAAGAGCAAAGUAAAACCAACAAAAACUGUUGUUAAAGAAAUUAAAGGUGCUAUAAAAAGAGAUGAAAAGAUUUCGCAAUCAGAUUCCGAAAAAGAACUUGAAAAAGACGAUGUUCAAGAUGCUUUAUUGGCUUACGUGCCUCAAAGGCAAGCAGCUAAGAAAGCGGCAGAACAUAUUAAAAGUGGACUAGGAACUAAACAGUUACCUGCCAUCACGGAACAACUUGAUACCGACAAAACAAAGAAAGAUACAAAAGAACAAGAUUUAACGAAAAACAGAAAAGAAUCAGAAAACAAAACAAAGAAAGAGCAAGAAUCUGUAAAAGAACCUAUAGUUAAACCUGCGAAGAUAUUAAUAGAAUCCAAAACUAAGUCUUCCUCAAGCAGCUCGUCUUCCUCUUCAACUUCGUCUUCUGAUUCUUCCACCAGUUCUAGUUCAGAUAGCGACGAACCUUCUCCUAAAAUUCCACCUCCUUCCGAUAAUGUGGUAUCUUCCACUUCAAAAGAACAAUCUAAACGAGCUACCGCUAAGGACUGGCCCUUUCUUGACAAGGGACCUCACUCCGCGGCGUCUAGCAGUUCCUCAAGUUCGUCUGAAUCGAGUCGAUCUUCAUCUCCCAUUAACCAAUCAUCAUCAUCAUCCAUCGUUAAAAUACCGGAACCCAAACCUAUCACUCGCCCAACCUCCAAACCAUCCAGACGACCUUCCGAUAAGGGCGCUUCGUCGCCUGUUGAAAGAGAGAAACCAUCGAAUACCCACAACGCAAAUGCAGGAGGGAAAGUACCGAGAGGAAGAUCGAUCACAAGUAACUCACGUGAUCGGACCAGAGAUGUUCAUGGCCGGUCUCGAAAUAUCUCUAAUAACGAGUCAUUGGAAAGGGAACAGCGAGUUGAAAUUAGGGAGAGAAAACCAGCAUGUGACCAGAAAGAACACCAUGAAAAGAAAGAAGGACCUCGAUCAGGCAACUUACUCUCUCCGAUCAGGAAAGAAGAUAAAAAAUUAGUUGAUGAACACAAAGACAGAAAAAGUGAAUACGAUAAAACCGAAAGUAAUCUUUUAAAUCUAGAAAGAGAAAUUUUAGAGAGAAAGGCAGGUCGAGAAGCUGCAAUAUCUAACAAAACAAGAUCUACCCUUGACCGGUUGUUAGAUAAAAAGAUGGAUAAACAAGCAUCUAUUGCUGGAGAUAAGCAAAAAUCCAAGUUAACAGAAAAAAUCAAAUCUCCAGAAAAAUGUAAAUCUCCUGAAAAAGCAAAGAGUCCAGAAAAAGUAAAAUCUCCUGAGAAAACAAAAUCUCCAGAAAAGCAAAUUAAACUUGAAAGGGAAAAGCAAUCAAGAUCUGUCACCGAACGUAGAAAAGAAUCUCUUGAGAAACAACACCCUACUAGUAAAAAGUCACCCAUUAAAAAUAAAAGCAUAGAUGAAAUAUUUUCUGAUAAAAUUAACACAGAUAAAAGUAAGCCCGAACCUAAAAAAUCAAAGGUACCAACGAAAAGCAGUAAAUCCUUUGAAGAAGAUGUUCCUAAAACAAAAAGAGUUGAUGAUAACCAAAAAGAGAAUAUACACACAAGACAAAUAAGCAACCAAAUUAAUGAAAAUAAGAAAUCAGUAGAAGAACCUAUUCACAAAAUGGUAGACGAUAAAAGAACGAGUAGAAUCCCGUACACUAAUUCGCAAAAUAAAUUAAUGUUAUCUCCACAGUGUUUAAAUAAAGACUCCGAUUUACUUAAUUUCGACAUUUUAGAUGAUGAUGGUUUCGGUAUUUCUAAAGAUGAAGAAAUAUCCAGAGCCCCUCUCUCAUUCUCAUUUGGCAACGUUUCUUUAUUUAAAGAAGACACGAAAGAAGAAAGUGCUAGAGAAACUCUCAAUUUAGUAGAAAAAUUGAGAUUGGAACUAUCGAAGAAGUCAACCGGUUGUGAUAUAGAAGAUAGUAUAAGUAUAGCGUCUAGCACUAGACAAGAAAGUGACAGAAUGGAAACCGAUCAAUUAAUAUCGAGCGAAACUCAGGAACCUCAAGAAAUUAUAGACACAAUUCGAAAAGGAGAAGAGCUCCUUCCUCAACCGCCUCAUGUUAAUUUGGAAAUGAGAGUAGAAGUGUCACAGGCACCUGUUGAAGCAUUUGAACAAAGAAAAUGUGAUGAAUCGACGUUUCAGUAUUCUUGUGCGGUUAACGUUCCUUUAGAAUCGGACAAAAAUCUCCCAAAAAUAACUCGUGGCCAUUUAGACCAAACAUGUCAUACACAUUUAGAAUCUGCUAUUAGCACACAAUCGGAAAGGUGGAUCCCACAAGCCGAAGCAUAUCCUCCGCAAUCCAAUAAUUAUAUUGAUCAAAGCAAUAUGUCGGUUGAUGUCUCUCAGCGAUACCUCGAACAGUAUUCAACUACGGAAACUACGCAUCAUCAGUCGCUGGCUCCACAAUUGGAAUUAAGAGUGCAAGAAGAACAACAUAAAGGUCAGUCACCCAUUGUACCUGACAGGAGGGUUUCACAAACACCUUUCCUCGAGCAAUCGUCAAUGGAUUGUAUGCCUAGUCCAUCUCCAUAUGGUGAUAUACAUCCUCAAGCAAAAUGGGCUGACAGCCAAAUUAUGCCAGCACGAAGAUCGUCUUCGAGUUCUAUAACAUCGACGUCAAGUUCUUGCUCACGACGUAAUGACAAUAUGGAAGAAGAAAUUAUUAAAAGACCAGAAAUAAUGCCAAUGAAUCACCCUCCACUAGAUAUACAUUUCGGUGUUUUACCAAAUAUGUCGUUUCCUCCUGCUCCUUUAGAUCCAUCAUAUCCUCCACCAUUUUCGGAAACAUCUCAAUUUGUCAGUCCUGUAAGUUUGUUUCCUCCACCGCCAAAUAUGAACACACAGAUUCCAUUCCCCUCACCUGGUGCAGCAAUGUUUCCACCCACGUUUGGAGCUCCAUUUUCUGCUCCACAUUCUGUGAUACCUUCAUUGUCAAAACCAUUAGAAGAAAAUAUGCGAUUUUCUUCGGCGUGUACGGCAACAUUUACCUCGUCUCAGAGAAACAUGGAACUUAUUGCUGCCAUGGUAAACGCCCCUCCACCAAAUCCAAAGGAAUCGCUGGCAGACGAAGAAGAAGAAGGAAUUCCAGUUUUGACUGAACCUCCUUCCACGGAUGCUACGUUUCCACCCACGACAGUUGACGAAAGUACUUCGCCGGCAUUGAGUAGUAGUACACCAAGUGCAAAUCAUAUAGAGCCGUCACCAAAUCCGUCGGUAAAAUCGAACAGUUCUGCAGGUAAAAGAUCUCCUAGUAAACCAACACGAUUUUCUGCCCGCGUUACAUCACAACAACAGAAUAAAUCACCAACUAAAAGUCCAGGAAAGAGUCCCCGACAAGAAAACACAAAACCAGCUAAUUCCGGCCGUGGUCGUGGUGAUAAACGAAGUAACAAUAAAGCAAUCAGAGGAGCCAGCAGAGGCCGGGGGAGAGGUAGAGGAAGAGGUCGGACUAUCCAAACACAACACAAUGAUUUUGCACUUGGAUCAAAUAAUACAAUUCACAAUAAAUUAGUAGGAACUGUGUAUGAUUUGGACUUUGACGAAGAUAUUUCUAAUGAAAAUAUGGCUGACUUACGAGCAAUGAGAGAGAGAAGAAAAUCCGCCGAUGUCCACGAUAGAAAAUCAGACCUUUCCAGUAUGUCCCGAGAUUCAUCUCAAUCGCCUAAAUUUACUAGUCCAUUACAUUCUUCGCAAAAGGGUAGGUCGUUUGCGGCAGAUUUGAGAGAUUUGCGACCGCCAACUCCCAUAAAAGAUGUUCCCCAAAAGUCGAGUUCUCCCGUACAUACAAACGAAGUAACGCAAAGUUUUUCAGAUAUUGUGCAACCCGUGUUGCCCGGACCUGUCGAUAUGAGAACGUACAAUAGCAACUUCGAAUCGAAUACGUUCAACGAAACGAACUUAUUGAAUGCAUUCGCGAGUGGUACCGCCGAAUCUCAACCGCAUGAAGACAUCGAUGAAGAUUUUGAGAAGGAAUUCCAGUCAGCUUUGACAGCCAGUAAAAAACCUGAAGAGCCAGUUGUACCCGAAACAGCAAAUAUAAAGGUAUCACUUUCAGAUUCGCGCAAUCAAUUAAAAGUAAAAAUAAAGGGACCCAUAGCCAAUUACACAUCAGUGUCUAGUUUGCCGCCCUCGACGGCGGAUCCCAUUUCGGUGUCGAAUAUUUCGUCGAUUCCUACAAUUAACAAUGUAAUUUCAAACGCGGCCGUUGCAGUGAAUUCGGGCACAUCGAAUUUAAGACGUAUGCGUAAAAAAGAGCUGUUGAGGCAAUACUGGACGCAAAACAUGAAUAUGGACGAUCCGACUGGCAUUUCCGGUAUAACCUCAGCACCCGUCGCACCUCAUAUUAACCGUACUACAAUAACUAUACCUAAGGCUGUGGCAUCCAUGACAAGUAUUCCAACUCGCGACGAUUACCGUGAUUAUAGGACCGGCGCUGACGAUAUUCUUGAUACAAAGAUACGAAAAGAAAACAAGACAAGACAACCUCUUUCACGUGAACUGAGACAACUUGACUUAUCCCUUGAUGACGACACAAUUCAUGAAAGAAGAAGAAGUGUCGGUUCGACUGGAAGUAGUGUGUCACUUUCAACAAGCAUGGACUCGGGUCUAUCGAACAAAAGAAGAGGCAGACCAAUUAACAAAACGCCACAACCAACCCCAAAACUAAAGAUCAAAAUCAGCAGAAACAGCAUUGUGGGUGCAAGUCGCUUGGACGAAAAGAAGGAUAGAAUACGGCCGCCUAAAAAGAGACUUGCUACAAUAACGCAACCUAGUGUGGAAGAUUUAAAACGUGAAAGCAUGAAAUUCCGGAAAAGAGUAAUGGCUGAUUUCGGUGAAGAGCGUAAGAAAAAGAAGGACAAACAUAAGAAACGGAAAGAAAAACAGGAAGUGCAAAUCAUACCUAACGAUGGAAACAAUUCUACAAAGCUUAUUAUCCGUUUUGGACGAAAACCGGACGGUGAAAAUGAAAGUAAACGGACUUGUGCUAAUAAUGAUAAAGACAAAGACAUUUCGAGUGUGAAAAACGUAGAAAAUCUUUCGGUCAAUCCGGAUCUACUGGUAAACCCCACUCUUCUGGACGAAAGUGAGAAAGAAAGUGGCGGAGUUUCCGCUUUACGCCAAGUGCGACCGGUGAAGGUGACGCCAAUCAAAUUAAAACUUUCUCGGUGCCAAGAAGGAUCAGGUUACGUGAUGAAAACUGAAAAUCCUCCUGAUCCUGAACCUCCAGACAAGGGAAGCGAAACAAGAAAAGCGCCUUCACCACCUGCUGAUCCACCACCGCCAACGCUGAAUGUCAUCGAAAACGUUCACACGCCCACACCCCUAAUUCUCAAUAAAGACUGUGAAGUUAGAUGAUAAAAACUGUAUCAUAUUGCGUUAGGGUGAUAAGGUAAAUUAACUAAUUAUUGUAAAUUCAGGCGACCAGUGAAUUGUACAAAAAUAGAACAGAAGUUGCAGAUUCGAGACAUGGGGUAUAAGAAAAGCGGAAAAAAUGAAGUAAAAGAAUUUGUGUCACUCGUUUUAGCCGUUCACCUCGUUAUAAAAAAAAUACCGUCAGUUGAUUAAUAGCAGGAAAAGGGAGAACGGAAAUCGUAUGUGUGUGUGCGACUGAGUGAAAGAGAUGGAAGAAUAAGAGAUGCCGGGCCAUAGCAAAUUGUCGUCGUAUGAUUUUUGUGUACAAACGUCAAUUACGGACACAACCUUGUAUUAAUAUUUUUGUAUAUAAUGUAAGUUAUGACCCUUGUGAAUAUGAAUAGCGUUAAUUUAUAUAAUUAAUUAAUUGAAAAUGAUUAACAUGUGUUGACAAUUUUGAUAGCUAGAUCGUUAUAGAUUCAUCUGAUAUUGUACAAGGCAAAUGGCUGCGUGCAGUUCUUUUCUUUUGUAGCGAUUCGUGUAUGUACAUAUACAUAAAUACUAUUAUCAUUUUAUUGUUGUUGUGAGAAGCAUUAUUAUGUACAGUUUUUUUAUAAUGAUUGGGCGUUGUGACGCCAAUGCGGCGCUUUUUUUUAAAUUAAACUUACGAAGAGAUUUUAUUAUUAGAUACAUAGUUAGAUAUUUUAUUUUUUUAUUAACGUGGAGGUUUUUACACCGUAUAUUUGUGUUAUGUAUGUUUUUUAUACAAGUAUUAAAUGCACGAGCCAUUUGUUUGUUCCAUGUUACUCCUUAUAAAUAAUAUUAUAAGAAAUAAAAUCGAAAAUAUUGAAUUUAAA